CAAUUUUUUUUUUUAAAUCAAAACGCUGCUCAUUUUGACUUGACUCUUUAUCUGCCGGCAACCUCUCGGCCGCCGUUCCUUCAUCCAGUCUCCGACGGCGGAGACCAGAGUUUUUCCCCCGGUUUUCUACUCUCCGUCUACAAUUGUUUCUUUCAUUAGCUCUAGUAUACUCCCUACAUGUGUUGGUAGACAGAGAUAAGGAUAGAUAGAGAUGGGAUUGUUCAAAAGAAUCGUCGGAUUUCUAGGGUUUGCGAAGGAUGAAGCUCAAGAACUCAACGAAGGAAACGGAGACGCGGACAAAGUUUCUCCCGACGCCGUGGAGGCCGCGGCGGCGCGAGCUCAACAUCUGCCGCGCAAAGGCUUCAGUAUUCCAAUUCAAGUCCCAGUCGAAAAGCCUCCGCCCCCUGGACCUAUACUUUUCCCUUGCACUUCUGGCGAUGGGGGCAUUCAGGGGUUGAGAUGGUACGCCAAGCGUCUCAGGGUCGACGAAGAUGGAGACGUGGCAGAUGAGUUCAUCAGUGAGAUUCUGCCGCAGAAUCUCAGCACCGAAGAGGGGCAAAAGAGACCAUUCCCGAGGUUUGAAGCGAAAUGCCAUACAAGGCACGCCAAGGUUAGGAACCAGGCGCUCAUUUCACCUGCGGGUAAAAUCCAAGUGUGUGUUGAGCUCCAUGGGAGACUGGAGUGGUUGUGAAGCUCAUUUAUUUACUGCCGGUAAAAGUGGUGAACCCUUCUAAUAUUUGUAUUUUGUGGACACUUUUUCCUUGUGUAUAGGACAUGUUAGAAAUUUGUCAACUCAUAAGUGAAAUUGAGCCUUUCUUUAGUGCAUGA